UAGAUUUAAUGUUUUGAAAUAGUGUCAGUAUUUAACAUAAAAGAUCGACGAAGGUAAGCACAUGGAUUAUAUUUCAACGGGAGAUUCCAUCGAAAUGGAUUGCAAUAUUAAUGCAAUUCUUCCAACCGUCUACGUGGAAAUCCUUCGAAGACAAUCAGCGAAGACAAUUUCUGAUGAGGAAUUACACCGUAUUGUGUUCGAUUUUUUGAAACAACAAAAAAGCCAUCAACCACUUGUAAAAUGUGACACGGAAUCUUCGAUUUCCGAAUUGGUCGAGGAAGUCACCAUCAGUCAGCCAAUUUUGUUACAUGACGCUGAAUUUGAAGAUGUCAAAUUUUUCACAUACACUGUGAAUAAUUAUAAUGCGGAAAUUGAAACAAUUGAAACUGCGGACGGUGAUAAUGAUGACAUUCCCGCAUCUCAACAUUGGAUUCUACCAAAUCGAGAAUUUCAAGGACAAUGGGAAUAUUUACAUUACGAAGACGAUCUCAAAGAAAAUCUCCUGCGAUUUUCCAAGACUAUCAUGUUAUUUGCCCUUAAGAAUGUUGACAUCAAUGCAAUCUCUUGUAAUAAACUGGUACUGCUGCAUGGGCCGCCAGGUACUGGAAAAACCUCGCUUUGCAAAUCGUUGGCUCAAAAAAUAUCAAUUCAUAUGAAUGACAGAUUUCGGUACACGCAUUUAUUCGAAAUUAACAGCCACAGUUUGUUUUCGAAAUGGUUUUCGGAAAGCGGCAAAUUGGUAUUGAAAAUGUUCACAACGAUCAAAGAUGUGGCAGAAGAUCCAUUGUCUCUGGUUGUAAUUUUGAUAGAUGAAGUCGAAUCGAUUGCGUACGCUCGUGAUUCCGUAUCAUCUCAUGAGCCAUCAGAUUCCAUUCGCGUAGUAAAUUCUUUACUCACACAACUAGAUCAGCUGCGCAGACAAACAAAUGUCCUUGUGUUGACUACAUCCAAUCUAUCAUCUUCGAUUGAUAUUGCCUUCGUUGAUCGCGCUGAUCUUAAGCAAUACGUUGGGUACCCUACCCCAGUGGCUAUAUAUCACAUAUUCAAAACUGGAAUUGACGAAUUAAUUAAGGUUAAAAUCGUGACUAAUCCAAACGAAAACGAUGAUGAAUGGAAUUCUGAAGGUGCGAUUCAUUUACUAGACAUAUCUAAAAAAUGCGAAGGGUUGAGUGGACGGUCGUUGCGAAAAUUACCAUUGCUAGCUCAUGCUUGGUUCGUCCACAAAAACUCAGUUGACCUUCACACAUUCCUGAAUGCUUUGGACGAUGCUGUCGAUAAGCAUUUGGCCGAUACUCUUGCUAUCGAAAAAAAGACAUGAAUUGUUUUCCAUUUUGACUAUGUGAAUAAAUAAGAAGAUGAUAAACAAUGAA